AUGAUAAACUUAAGUCUUAAACAUUCUAAAAGGCAAAAAUAUAAUUCAAUUAGUUCAGAUGAAAGAUAAAAUAUAAUCAAAAUGUUUUUGGAAAAUGAUUAUUCUGCCAUCUAAGUAUUGAUAAAUUUAUAAUAUAGAUUGCUCAACUUACAGGACAUAAUUUAUCAACUAUAAAAGCUAUUUACAGAAUAUAUAAAAAUGAGGGUAGAAUUAAUAAAAAAGAAAGGCGAGAUAGAUAAAUUAAUAUAAAAUAAAAUGUGGUUGUAUUAAUGGUGGAUGAUAAGUAAUCAUUUUAUUCUAUAAUAUAGUACAAGAAAAAUGAAAAUUAUAAGAAAAUAAUAAUUAAAGCAAGAGUUAAUUCUGAAGAAUACAGAGUAUAAUUAUGAGUCAAUUCAGAAUACAAUUAAUUAAACUUUAUAAAAUUCAACUGAUGAUAUAAUUAAGCAGUUAGAUAGUUUAUCAUCAAAAUAAUGCUUUAAUUAACAAAUUUAAAAGGCAUAAAUAGAUGGUAUAAAUAUCAAAGAUUUUAAGGAGAUUUCUGAAAUCACAACUAAAUUUAAAAAUAGAAUUAACAUUUCAUCUUAAAUAUCAUAUUUUCAAAAUCUGUUUUCUAAAUAAGAAUUAAAUUACUAAGAAAAAUAGCUCUUAUCUCCUCCAAAAUUUAAACCUUAACUAUAAUCUAAUAUAAGUGAACUUAAGAGGAUUUUCGAAUUUCAGAUAAAAGAUUAUUUUGAAAAAUCUUCAAAUGAUAAUUUGAAAUGA